AUGACAUCAGAAGCAUCGGACAUCUUGCCUUUGCAUCUCUUCAUCGAGAGGGGGCGGAACAGCAGCCAUCACUAUGGCAGCCGGCUCGGAAGGGACAUCCAGCUCAGCCAGAUGGCGGGCAGCCAUGUGCCCGACAACGUCGAGCUGGGCAGUAACCUAAUGCCGCCCAGGGACAACGAGGCAGCAAGCACGCUUGAUGUCAUCUCCUCCUUCAGCAGGGCGGAACCGGCGGCUGAUGAUGCUGGUCAUAUGGCUACCUUGACGCCAAGCUGCUUCAGCUUGGUCCUGAUGUGUGCGGUUCAUAAUGUGAACCUGUGGGUGCCGCUGAUCUUGGUCAUCCCGGUCUCCAUCGCGCAGACUAGUGUGCUUUACAUCGUCACUUUUAAAUCACCGGAGUAUCUGUUCGGGUCAGGGCGAUGGCUGCUGCCGGUCUCCGCAUCCAAGUCUCUGAACGCUAUGAAAGCCUUUGCCUCCAUCUUGAUGCUGGGUCAGAUUGCCGAGGAGUUCUAUGAAAUAGGUGAAUCGGCAAGUGUUCUUCGCCGGAGUCGGCUGGAAAAGAAUUGGCGUUGGUACACGUGCUGGCUGGUGGUCGCGAUGCAGUACCUUCUUGCCUUGAUGGUGCUUGUGGCAGCUGACCACCUGAUCCUGAGCAGGGAGAGGCCCAUCGAGCCCUUGUGGAUCACGUACUACGUUUUCAUGACACUCAACUUCGACAACAUGCUGGUUCGCUUCAUCAGCUACGUGCGUACGAUGGAGCGAGCACCAGCGUGGAAAGUUGACGUGUAUGAGCCCACGUCCCCGACCUCGGCGGAUCAUGUGCGAAGGUCUGACCACAUGCAGCGCCUAUUUCUGGUCUGGAUACCAGUUGCAGUCGCUAUUUCGCUGAACAUCAGUUCCAGGGUGUUCAACAUCUUACCCAUCACUCUUUUGCGCUACGGCUCGGUGACGAACGAUCGUCCUGUUGUGAUGAUGACGCCCAGCGUUGGGCUCCCUCACAGCUGCUGCCCUGCAGAGGCUGUCUGGAAUGGUACCUUGAGUGAGGAAUCGAUCAAAUUCAGCAUUCCAUGUCUGUCCAGGGAUGCGCCGGAAGAUCUCGUCGCCGCACCAGUCGUGUAUUGGGUGGCCUGGCCUCGCCGAAGGGGUACUCCCACCAGUCUGCAGGUUCGAGAAGGUCGUGGAGCAGACGGAUCGCGAGGGAUAGUGUCAGGGCGCGCAACAGCGACUCCCCUGCAGCUCGAGUUUUGGCUGCAGCGGCAUGGCUAUGGGGUGAGUCAGGCAGCGGACAUCUUCAACGCAUUGACGGACACCAACAAGAGGAUUGGGAUGUAUCACUUUGCAUUCCCCUAUGUGGCCGAGUUCUCCGUAUCCAAAUGGCCAUGGAAGGAGAAUGCAGCGAUUUAUGCAGUCGCCGUGAACAUGGCCACAGGCGCUUUGAGCCCAGAGCCCGUGUCCUCUGACGUGCUCCUUCGCUUUGAUGGGAAGUGCGGCCCACAUUGCAUGCGCUGCAGUCACCAGGGCAUCUGUCGGCACUGCAAGGCCGGCUUCAGGCCCGACGGCCCCACAUGCGUCCCGUGUGGACAAGGCUGCCAGAAAUGUGAUGCGCAUCCGGUUUCUUCCGAGUGCAGUGAGUGCCAGGCCGGCUACGGCCUGACGAGAAUGGGACUGAUGCAUUGCCUGCCAUGUGCCGCAAGGGAUUGUGCAAACUGCAAUGAAGAAGAUGACUCCCAAGCUCAUGAGGCAACCGCUCGAGAAUUGCCGUGUCGCUCCUGUUUGGAGGGACAUGGCUUGGCGACUGAUGGAUCGUGUUUUCCGUGCAAGCAGAAAAACUGCAAGCUCUGUGAUGAAAACCGAUGCAAGCAAUGCCAGAGUGGCUUCGCAGUUGUGGAGGAUGACAAUGCUACGAGAUGCGACCCAUGCGGGGAAGCAUGCCUACAUUGUGACAAGCCUGGAAGCUGCCAGCAUUGCCAGGACGGCUAUGCAAAGCAAGAAGAUGGACACUGCAAGCCAUGUGGCGACUUCUGCAUACACUGCCACGAUCGCAAGGGAGAUGGCUGCGACGAGGGAGGCUGUCAGUCUGGAUACGGACUUCAGGGCGGGCAAUUCGCCUGGAGACCUCGUUCGAUCUGCAAGCCGUGCCGGGUGCAGCACUGCAGUGUGUGUGACAUCUCCGAGCAUUCCUGUGAUAGCUGCCAGGAGGAUUUUGGCAUCACGCCAUCUGGACACUGUGCUGUCUGCGGACCUGGCUGCGUUGAGUGCAAGGUGGCGACAGCCUGCGAGAAAUGCGAUGCCGGCUUCGUUUUGGUGAAUGGUGCAUGUCAUGCUUGUGCGGACAAGUGCAUGAGCUGCACUGUCUCUGGACCUGGAUCCUGUGACAAGCACAGCUGUGCGAAGGCCUGGACAGCAAUUUUGUUGCCCAAGCGGACUUGGCACUCGACAGAGGAGUCCUGGGUUUGCCGGCCUUGCUCGGAUCCGGAUUGCGAAAGAUGCGACGUGCAGGGCCCUGGUGGCUGCGACGACAAGGCGACGUACGGCCCAUGGCUGCCACCAGGUAUUUGA